AUCUUCGUUACUCAGGUUUCAGAUCAGUUAUUAUGUUAGUGACUAUAUCGCAUCUCGAGUUCACGGUUUUGUUGAACUGCGCUUGCAAUGAAAAUAAAAAUAUUAAAAUGCGCACUCCUUUUACUUCCGGAAUUUGAGAGCUCACAUUAUCGUUAUUUUUUUCUCCACGAAUGUGUAAAAGUCGAUGUUGGUAAUAUUUAGAUGUACAUUUUAUACGUCACUAUUGACUUUUUAGACAGCAUAAUCGCAGUAAAAAUAUAAUUUGUUUUGGCUUGUCAAGGGUGAACAAUGUGUACGUGCUUAGUAUUUUACAAAAGUUAUUCAUUUGCCAAGAUACCAACGAUAGAUGUAAACAGCAAUUACAGUAACGUACUUGGAAAUAUUCUUCAAUGGUGUUAGAUAUCCAAGCUACUUGUGAUAACACUUCUUGUAUGGCAUAUAAUGAAAACUUCCAUAAUCAUAGUUAAGAAGUACACAAUAAAACAGUCCAGUCCAUUCGAGCAUAAGUAGUGAACUCUUUGAUCGUCAAAAGAAUAAUUAAAGAGCUUCGUGACGGAGGGCCUUCGUACGGCUUUAGCGCGGCUGCGGCAUGGCACAUCAUCUGGAAGCUCAUUGCCCAAUACUCCAAAAACGCCAUCGACUCCAGAUCAUGCAAACCACGAAUGUCCAGAACAUCGUGGUUCCAAAGGAUGUUGUGUGACGGCUGUAACGAAAAAGAGCAGCGUGAGAGCUGAAGGUGCUACUGGCAUCAUAUCAUCGUCGCGUGAAAAUCUUCAUCGUCAUGUCGACAGAUUCAACGCGCGCGACGGUGAUCUGCUUGCCCACGCAGCUUCGGCUUUACGCCGCUUGCAUUUCAAAUCAUUGGGCGGUAGUCGAACGGUUCCCAAACUUGUCAUCAUGGGAUCCAGUACUACUUCGGAAAAUACUGUCAACACCAGCACCGACAGUGCCAAUACCGUGGUCACUAUGGUGACAACUACAGACGGUGAACAGCAUGACGAUAGCCUGGAUUUAAUAGACGUACCCUCUGAGUUAUCACCCCCAAUAGUAAACGAAGUUUUUAAUGCAGCUUCAACCAUUAGAGUAAACACAACUAGCGCAACCCCUGUCACUCACCAAAAUGAUGCAACAAUUUUAAAAGAAGCAAUGCUGCAAAAAUGUACUAUACCUGUAUUUUCAUCAAUCGUUGCAUCUGUGACGGCCGCCAUUCAAUCGGAUGACGAUGAAAAAUGUUCUAUACCAAUGACAUCAAAUAAUAAUUUUAAUGGUCUUGAUAGUCCUGGUGUGCCACCACCCACUCCUAUGCUUGGGUUGCACCAAGAAUCAAGAUUCACAUUUCCGGACCAAAAUCGUAAAAUACCCACCCUGCCAGAUCUCAAAACAACUGAUUUUUUUAGCCAAGCUGUAGGAGGUUCUAUGGAUGAAGGCCAAGCCGAUGCAACACAACCGAAUUUGUAUUCUGCCAUAUCUGUGGCAAAGGAAAAUUUGCAAAUUCAAAUUAAUAAAAGCACUAAUAAUGUAAUAAAUGCUUCGAUCAUUAAUGAUAAAAAGGACCAUCAACAACAACAACAAUCUAUGACCAGUAGCGCUAAAACCUCUACCGUUGAUAAUAAAUUUUCCACUAAUACCGAAAAUAUAUCUGGGACCACUAAUGCUAACGCCACAAUUACCAACAAUAAACCAAAUAUCAAUGUGACUACUAAUCCGUUGGAUCUGCCACUUAACCAGGAAAUGAACAGUCAAGAUAGCUCAACAAGCAAUAAUUUGCAAGGACGUAAUCGGAGUGUGGGAUCUUUCUCCGUUGGAUCUUCCAAUACUUUUUCAAGACAAAGUGGAAGUACAAAGCGUGCAGCCCAAGCAACUAUUGUUGUACAACAACCUUCUCUUUCUUUAGAUAGUCCAGCAUCCACAAUAUUAUUAAAGUCAUCUGAUAGCAUUUCAAAAACACGCGAGGAAAGUGUUAAACAGCUUAUGGAUAGAACAAACAUGCUGACAUUGGAAGAUAUUCAUGAUUUUGAAAUGAGACACGGUAGUCCUCAUCACAGUCGAUCACAAUCAGUUCGUGCUUCGGGAAGUAGAUCAUCGGGUCGUCCUAAUUAUUUAUGCCUGCCUCAACAACGUUCGCGUGUAGCGAGUAUGCCUAAUACAGGCGUCGAAGAAGAAUAUUACCUCUUACGACAUUUCAGUAUAACUGGGAAAGGUGUCGUUAAUCGUGGUGAUUCUCUUAAAAGUCGACGGUCAAGAUCGAAUACGAGUGUAGCUUCAAGUAAUUCCAGUACGGAACAUCUCACUGCUUCGUAUCCGGGUUCUGCUCGGAAUUCUGCAGCAGGUUCAUUGGCAAGUUCUCGUGAAAGUAGUGCUUCUCAGGGUCCAGCUCCAUAUCGAGUGUUAAUGCUUGGAGCUUCGUCAGUGGGGAAAAGUUCUCUUGUAUCACAGUUUAUGACGUCGGAAUAUUUACAUGCUUACGAUACUUCUAUUGAUGACGAAUCUGGAGAAAAAACUGUCAGCGUUUUGUUAGCCGGUGAUGAAUCUGAACUAACUUUUGUUGAUCAUCCUUAUUCAGAAAUGACGCCCGAAAAUUGCAUAUCUUCAUAUGAACCUCAUGGUUACUGCAUUGUUUAUUCAACAACAGACCGUGCUUCUGUACGGGUAGCCGAAGAAGCACUUCAAAAUCUUUGGCGCAGCGAUCACAUACCUGCUAGAGCAGUUAUCCUCGUUGGAAAUAAAGUCGAUCUCGAAAGAAGUCGCUUGGUAUCGACAGAGGAAGGAAAAUCUAUGGCAAUUUCAUAUGACUGUAAAUUCAUCGAAACGUCAGUGAGCUUUAAUCAUAAUGUAGAUGAACUACUAGUGGGUUUACUAACGCAAAUCCGGCUGAAAUUAGAGAAUCCAGAGCGAAGUCGGGACUUAUACCGUCGUCGAUCACGACGCAAUCGCAGUCGUUCACCCUUCGGUUCAUGUUCAGAAACUAGUUCACCAAAGAAAUUUAGAGGCAACAGAAUAAGUACUAGUCUUAAAGUGCGUAAUCUUUUGGGUAAAGUAUGGGGACGUGACAGCAAAUCGAAAAGCUGCGAAAACUUGCACGUUUUGUAAAAAGAGACUUUACUAAAUCUGAACAUUGGCAAUGGUUUAUUUUCUAAUGACAUGAAUCUUGCUGAGAAAAUAUUCGUAUAUUUAAAUAAAAUCUCAGAUGAUAUCUUAUAGGAUUUUUAGGUGAAAAUCGAUUGGUUGAGUUAUGCAAGAUAUAAUUUUAAGAAAAUACGUCGAUGUUAGAAUAGUAAGGGUUCCCAAAUCCAGUAGGAGAAUGCUUUUAUGUUGAUUAAAAUAACAUAUUUUUAUACAUGUUAUAGGAUUGCUUGGUGCAUUAUUUUAUCUAUUUUAAACAAAUUCAUAACUUUAUAAUACAUAUUUUGAUACAAUCUAUUUUCUUUCUAGCAUUUUUUAUGUUUAUUAUAAAAUUUCAGUCAAUCAGAUAAUUUUUCAAUUUUUUUUCCUCUUUUGAUCUACUCAUUAAUCUUAAAUGUUACAAUAUCAUGAUUAUUAUUUAUAGAUUAUUAUACAAUUUUUUCUCACUCAAAUCUAAUGAUGCAAUUUUGACGCUAAAUUUAGACUUUCGUAAGAAAAAAUUGUACGUACAAUUUGUACAAAUAUGCUUAUUUUUAUUAUUACUUCUUUACUUUAUAAUGUGGACUUUGUGUGAUUUUUCCAUAACAUUAGAAAUAUCAAAACCUUAAGGGGUUAAAGUAAAUACAAAUAUUCACGAAAAAUCGUAGUUUAUCCUGCAAAAUCAUUGAUUGUAACUUGUAACAACGAAUCUCAAUUUUUUUCUAUAAACAAAUUGCAUUUUUUCCGCCAACAAAAUUUUUGUUGUUUAAACUUCAAUUUUUUGGAGCGUACAUUCCAUCGUUAAAAUGUGAUUCUUUUUCUGAAAACAGUAAUUAGUUUACAUAUUAUCCCGUUUUUAAAACUUUUAUAUAUUUCUAUCAAUUCUACUAUAUGUGUGAUUAUUUUAGAUAUUUACCAAAAAUUCUUGCAGUUUUAUGAUUGAUCAUUUACUACGAAACCACUGAAGAUGAAUUAUGAAAAUAAAAAUGUAUAAUUGCGUUGACCGUAAUUUUGAUUGUAAAUGAAUCUAAGGAAAUUUUUAAUGAUCUAUGUUGGUUUCACUUAAAUUGGGGCUUUUUCUUUAAAUCAGUAACCUGAACUGAAAAAAUACUGUAGUAAAUGUUUAUAAUAAUAUUUUUAAAGUGAAAAAAAAUGUUCAUUGGAUCUUUGCUCCAUUACACAGAACUCUCUUUGUAUUAUAAAGUAAGGAAUCGUUUAAGAUUUUACCUGAGAUCUGACGAAAAUUGUUUUUAGGAGAAUUUUGAAUAAACUCUUUGAAACUUUUAUACACUACUAAGAUGUUCAGAU